AUGACCGACAACACCCCUCCCCGCCACUGGAAAGGCGAGCCCGGCAACCGACACGAGCACGUCAACCCCUGGGGGCACGGCGGUGCAAAGGGUCCCGCACCUCGAGCUUCGUGGGCCUUGACGCCGGAGAUGAUGACCAACCUGAAUGCCAACCGGCGGAACUCCAACGGCUCGAACUCCUCCCAGAACCAGAACCAGAACAACGAGCCCCAGAGCCCACAAACGCUUGGCGAGCGCCGUCGAUCCAGUAGUUCCGGUGGGGGUUUGUUCUCCAAUCUGCAGACGCAAAAACGCGACACCUCGGAUGCUAGUAUGGCUGGGCGCCGGGCUAGUUGGAAUGAGCAGCGGGAGCAAGGAGGGUUCUUCUCUAAAUUGUGGGAUGGGUAUACUCGUGGAAAGUAA